UUCCCCAGCUCCGGCUCACUAGCUUGCUAUCCAAAAUGAUAUUCCUCACAACACUACCUUUAUUCUGGAUUAUGAUUUCAGCCUCCCGGGGCGGCCACUGGAGCGCGUGGAUGCCUGCGUCCAUCUCAGCCUUCGAGGGCACCUGCGUCUCCAUCCCGUGUCGCUUCGACUUCCCGGACGAGCUGCGGCCGGCCGUGGUGCACGGGGUCUGGUACUUCAACAGCCCCUACCCCAAGAACUACCCCCCAGUGGUCUUCAAGUCGCGCACGCAAGUGGUCCACGAGAGCUUCCAGGGGCGCAGCCGCCUGCUGGGGGACCUGGGCCUGCGGAACUGCACCCUGCUGCUCAGCACUCUCAGCCCGGAGCUGGGGGGCAAGUACUACUUCCGAGGGGACCUAGGGGGCUACAACCAGUACACCUUCUCGGAGCACAGCGUCCUGGACAUCAUCAACACCCCCAACAUCGUGGUGCCCCCCGAGGUGGUGGCCGGCAAGGAGGUGGAGGUCAGCUGCAUGGUGCCGGAUAACUGCCCUGAGCUGCGUCCGGAGCUGAGCUGGCUGGGCCACGAGGGCCUCGGGGAGCCCACCGUGCUGGGCCGACUGCGCGAGGACGAGGGCACCUGGGUGCAGGUGUCGCUGCUGCACUUCGUGCCCACCAGGGAGGCCAACGGGCACCGGCUGGGCUGCCAGGCCGCCUUCCCCAACACCACCCUGCAGUUUGAGGGCUAUGCCAGCCUGGACGUCAAAUACCCGCCGGUAAUUGUGGAGAUGAACUCCUCCGUGGAAGCCAUCGAGGGCUCGCAGGUCAGCCUGCUCUGCGGGGCCGACAGCAACCCGCCGCCGCUGCUCACCUGGAUGCGGGACGGCACCGUGCUCCGGGAGGCGGUGGCCGAGAGCCUGUACCUGGAGCUGGACGAGGUGACUCCGGGGGAGGACGGCAUCUACGCCUGCCUGGCCGAGAACGCCUACGGACAGGACAACCGCACCGUGGAGCUCAGCGUCAUGUAUGCCCCCUGGAAGCCGACGGUGAACGGGACGGUGGUGGCCGUGGAGGGGGAGACGGCCACCAUCCUCUGCUCCACGCAGAGCAACCCCGACCCCAUCCUCACCAUCUUCAAGGAGAAGCAGAUCUUGGCCACGGUCAUCUAUGAGAGCCAGCUGCAGCUGGAGCUGCCCGCGGUCAGUCCCGAGGACGAUGGGGAGUACUGGUGUGUGGCCGAGAACCAGUAUGGCCAGCGGGCCACCGCCUUCAACCUGUCCGUGGAGUUCGCUCCCAUGAUCCUCCUGGAGUCCCACUGUGCUGCGGCCCGGGACACGGUGCAGUGCCUGUGCGUGGUGAAGUCCAACCCGGAGCCGUCCGUGGCCUUCGAGCUGCCGUCCCGCAACGUGACCGUGAACGAGACGGAGCGGGAGUUCGUGUACUCGGAGCGCAGCGGCCUCCUGCUCACCAGCAUCCUCACCCUGCGGGGCCAGGCGCAGGCCCCGCCCCGCGUCAUCUGCACCUCCAGAAACUUCUAUGGCACGCAAAGCCUGGAGCUGCCGUUCCAGGGAGCCCAUCGGCUGAUGUGGGCAAAGAUCGGGCCCGUGGGCGCCGUGGUUGCCUUUGCCAUCCUGAUCGCCAUCGUGUGCUACAUCACCCAGACCCGCAGGAAAAAGAACGUGACAGAGAGCCCCAGCUUCUCCACAGGGGACAACCCCCACGUCCUGUACAGCCCUGAGUUCCGCAUCUCUGGGGCACCCGACAAAUACGAGAGCCAGAGGCGCGUGGGCUCGGAGAAGAGGCUGCUGGGCCUUCGGGGUGAACCCCCAGAGCUGGACCUAAGCUACUCCCACUCAGAGCUGGGAAAACGACCCACGAAAGACAGCUACACCCUGACAGAGGAGCUGGCUGAGUACGCCGAGAUCCGAGUCAAGUGACGAGGCCAGCGGGGCCGGCGGCCUCCCUUCCUCCUGAGUGCGUGCGAGUGUGUGUGUGUGUG